AUACACGACUACAACAUGAGAAAAGCUACUCUCUUUCUGCUUUAUGCUGGACUGUUGGUCAAUGGACAAGAGCUACGCUGGGAAAAUGGCUAUGAUCAGGAGUUAAAUUUUGCCUGCCCUGCAGGAGGGUCCAUUUCAUACAUCAAAAGCCAACAUGCUAACCGUCAAGAGGACAGAAUGUGGGAAUUUGGCUGCAAGCACACUUUUGAUGCCGGCACAGAAUGUUUCUGGACACCUUACGUAAACGACUUUGACCAGAAACUCAACUAUGAGUGUCCAUCAAACUACGUCGUUUCGGGAAUGAAUAGCUACCAUAGCAACAGACAAGAGGACAGGCGGUGGAAGUUUUACUGCUGUAGAAGCAACGGUUACUGUAAUACAGCCUGUCAGUGGACUACAUAUGUGAACUGGUUCGACGAGGCUUUCCAUUGGACCGUACCUAACCAUAACUACCUGGUAGGCGCUGAAAGCUACCAUGAAAAUAGAUCUGAAGAUCGGCGCUGGAUGUACAAGUUCUGUUCCCAGGUGCAAUGCUGAGAUCCUCACAGAUUACUACUAAAAAUUAUAAUUAUAAUCUUUAUACUUCUUUAAAUCUACAAUAAACACAGAAUUAAAGCAAAUAAUGAAACCAAUGUCAUUAUGAAAACACUGAUAGCUCUGCAUUUAGAUCGUGCAAGUGCCGUUAGAAGACACAUGCUGCACAAAUAACUGUUCAAAUCA